AUGCUCGGCCCAAACCUCGAGCUGAGGCGGCAAGUCAUUGCCAUUUACAAAGAGCUGCUUUACCUCGGGCGCGAGUAUCCCCUCGGCUUCGCCUACUUUCGCCCGCGGCUUCAUAAGGCCUUCAUCUCGCGUGCCGCUGAGCGGGACGAGGCCAAGAUUCGCGCGGGCAUUGCGCAGGCCCAAUACGUCAAAAAGGGCAUGUAG